AUCCAUUUCCAGCUUCAGAUAUUUUGAGUUUCUUUUAGAAAUUUCAUCGAACACUUCGCGAUCAAAAAAGGCGCAAGUCGACCUUCCCCUCCCAUUACGUGUCGCGCCGGCGGAGCCUCCGAUUGCCACGUGUCCUAAUACCCAUUUCCGCAAAUAUCGGACUCUCCAUCUCCAGCUUUCCAUAGCUGCGCCGCCGGCGUUGUUUGAAACCCUCCCCCCCAAAAUGCGCCUUUUCCGGCCACCGCCACGUUUCUUGAAACAUGGGCAGUCCAGAUACUUCUCCGGUCAGAACUCCGGGCUGGAGAGGGCGGGUACAAUGGCGUCGCUGUUAAAGACCCGAUCCGUGAUCCGAUUCAGAGGACCCGACACCGUCAAGUUCCUUCAGGGCCUGGUCACCAACGAUGUUCAGAAGCUUGCGGAGCCUCGGGACGAAGAUAGGACCCACUUGGCCACCUCUAACGCCGCUUUCACGGCGGCGCCACCAGUCUACGCCGCGCUUUUGACUCCUCAAGGAAGGUUCCUCUACGAUAUGUUUCUGUACAGGCCGCCUCGGUCCGAUGAGAAGCUUGAUAGCACUGGUUCAGGCCCUGGCCCGAAGGCAGGCGAGUUCGAGCUCUAUGCAGAUGUUGAUGGUUCUGUGUUGGAUGAAUUCAUGGAAACACUAAAAAAAUAUAAAGUUAGAUCCAAGGUUGAGAUUGAGAACUUGUCGGAUGAAUUUUGUUGCUGGCAAAGGUUUGGUAAGAAUUUGAGUGCACCAUCUGAAGAGCCCGAAGCCGAUGCUGUUGGAUGGGGUAUUGGAACCGACCGUUCCAGUGAAUCAUCUGCUAGAGGAAGCAGCCAUGGUUGGUCAUGGCAUAAAGAUCCUAGGUUAUAUUGCCUUGGAUUGAGGGGUAUCUUUCCUUCCAACAUAACACCACCUCUAGUUGAGGCGGAUAAAGAAACCGCUGAAGAAAACUAUCUUCUAUGGAGGUUGGAGAAUGGGGUUGCCGAAGGACCAUUGGAGAUUCGAAAAGGUGAAUCAAUCCCUCUUGAGUACAAUCUUGACGCUCUAAACGCAUUUAGCUUCGACAAAGGGUGCUAUGUGGGCCAAGAACUCAUUGCUCGUACCCGUACCCGUGGGGUCAUCAGGAAACGCUUGCUUCCUCUCAGAUUUCUAGACCGUGAUGGGAAUGAGGUGGAAAUGAGAGUUGCGGCGGGGUCGUCUGUAAUUGAUGCGCAAUCUGGAAAGAAGGCUGGGACGGUCACGACUGCCCUCGGGAGUCGCGGUUUCGGGCUUCUGCGGUUGGAGUACGUGCUUAUGGGUUCGGGUAAUCUGGCCAUACAAGACCAUGAAGAUGUUCAAGUCCAUGCUGUUGUACCCAAAUGGUGGCCUUCAGAAUGGGUAGCUGAUCACCAACCAUAGGCUGCAUUCACUUAAAUUUUUUUCUUACUACUACUCUAUAGCAAAGGUGCCUAAUGUUUUCAUGGAUAUACAUAUAUUAUUUCUUGUUUUUAUAUCUUUUCAAAUGUAAUAUGGCCAAAUAAUAUACUCAUGUCACUUUUUUUUGUAGACUUUAAAUGUUCCUUGCCCUAUAUCUUUCUUUUACUUUGACUUUCUUGUGCGCGUACAGACCUUUAAUGUCUAUACGUGUCUAUGUAAUACUUGAAGUCAAAAUUAUAUCACAGGUUUGCCCUAGCACAACUGCAAAUUUAUGGUCUAGCACAUUUUCUGGCGGGUAAUAAAACUAUUGCCAAUUU